CGGCUCAUUCACUACUUGGGAGUCGCAAACGGCAAGCCAAGUGCAUUCAAGCUGGAGUCUCAAACGAGGACAAAUCUCUAGAACCGGAUCUUUGGCAUAUACAGUACAUGUUACUGUAAAGACUUGCUACGAAAAAGGACUUUUCUCUUCAAGCAGUAAAACAAGCAGCAGUGAUGGAGGAUUCAACAGUAGUUGACCAGCAGCCCAGCAACUCCGCGUACGAGAACAACGUUGCUUCGACGGCCCCGACCCCGUGCUACGAUGAUCUGUUUCCGGCCCUGCCGGAGAGCGCCCCACCGCGCUUCAACAAUGCGACCCUGUCGGCGGCCACGCAAAACAUGCGCGUCGGCAGCUCGGUCGUAACGCAGGUCUUCAUUGUGCCAUCGGGUGAGCGCAAGUACGACUCGGACAAGUUUGGCGAGGGCGAAUCGUUGCGCACCUGUCAGAACAUCAUGAAGGAAACCAACGCCCACAUCGAGAUCUCGAGUGGAAAGGACCAAUCGUUGACUUUCCUGGUGACUGGCAAGCCGAACGAGGUGAUCGAAGCUCGCCGGAAGAUUUUGGUACACUUCCAAACGCAAGCGAGCAAGUCGAUCAGCAUCCCGCGGGAGCACCACCGCUGGAUCCUCGGCAAGAAGGGCGACAGGUUGCGCGAGCUGGAAAAGAUUACCGCUACGAAGAUCGCCGUGCCACGUAUCAACGACGAAUCGGAUGUCAUCACGAUCUCCGGUACCAAGGAAGGUAUCGAGAAGGCCGAACAUGAGAUCCGUACUACGUCCGAUGAGCAAUCGCGUAAGGCCUUCGAGCGGGUUAACAUCCCUAAAAUCUACCAUCCGUUCAUCGUGGGACCGCAUAACGAAAACGUCAGCAAAAUGAUGGAGGAAACCGGAGCGAAGAUCAACAUUCCGCCACCGUCGGUGCAGAAAGAUGAGAUAAUCAUCACCGGCGAGAAGGAAGGUGUGCUCCAGGCUAAGGCACGCAUUGAAGCCAUCAGUAAGGAUAUGGAGAAAAAGUGCACCAGCGUUGGCGUUGAAGUUCCCCGUGCCCAGCACAAGUACAUCGUUGGUCCGAAGGGUUCCACCAUUCAGGAAAUCUUGGCAAUGACCGGUGUUUCGGUUGAGAUGCCGUCCAGUGACUCUAACAACGAUACCAUCACUCUGCGUGGCCCGCAAGACAAGCUCGGAAACGCUUUGAGCGUCGUGUACCAGAAGGCGAACUCCGUUCGCACGACUACGCUCGAGUGUCCGCAGUGGAUCCACAAGUACAUCAUCGGACGUGAAGGCGGUCAUAUCAAAGAGUUUACCGCCCAAUAUCCAAAUGUACAUGUGGAGUUCAAUGAAGACAAGAUCAAGAUCGAAGGCCCGCCAGAGCAGGUGGAUGCUUCCUCGGAAGCGCUGGAGAAAAUGGUCAAGGACUACAUUGAGCGUCUUACCUUCACCGAGAUGGUGGUUGAUCCGAUCUACUGUAAGCAUAUUAUCGGUAAGAACGGAGCAAACAUCAACCGUAUGAAGGAGGAGUACGAGGUGCUGAUCAACAUCGACGAGAAGGACGUGAAACCGAUCCGCAUUGAAGGACCGGCCGUCGGCGUUGAGAAGGCCAAGCAGGAGCUGCUUGAAAAGAUAGCGAAACUGGAAAACGAAAAGGAAGAGUCGAUCGUGAUUGAUCAUCGUCUGUUCAAAACGAUCAUCGGCGCGAAAGGCGAAACGAUUCGGGAGAUCCGCGACAAGCACAACCAGGUGCAGAUUAUCUUCCCGGGACCUACCGAUAAGUCGGAUAUUGUGAAAAUCCGUGGACCGCGCGAGGACGUGGACAGGUGUCACAAAUAUCUGACCAAGUACGUAAAGGAGCUGCAGAAGAACUCCUUUGUGAUGGAGGUCCCGAUCUUCAAGCAGUUCCACAAGUAUAUCAUCGGUAAGGGUGGAGCCAACAUCAAGAAGAUUCGUGAUGAGACCCAGACCAAAAUCGAUCUUCCGGCAGAGGGUGACAAGAACGAAGUAAUUGUCAUUACUGGCAAGAAGGAAAAUGUGAAGGAAGCACGCGAUCGUAUCCAAAAGAUUCAGGAAGAGUUGGCCAACAUCAUCACCGAGGAGAUUCAGAUCCCUCCCAAGUACUACAACUCGCUGAUCGGAUCCGGCGGUAAGCUGAUUUCAUCGAUCAUGGAGGAAUGCGGUGGAGUUUCGAUCAAAUUCCCUAGUCCGGAAUCGAAGAGCGACAUGGUGGCCAUCCGCGGUCCCAAGGAGGACGUCGAGCGUGCCAAGCAACAGCUGGUGGAGCUGACGAACGAGAAGGAGCUCUCGUCCUUCACUGCCGAGGUUCGUGCCAAACCGCAGCACCACAAGUUCCUGAUUGGCAAGAACGGGGCUUCCAUCAAGAAGAUCCGGGACCAAACUGGUGCUAGGAUUAUCUUCCCGGGUAUAAACGACGAGGACAAGGAGGCCAUCAUCAUCAUCGGCAAGAAGGAAGGCGUGGAGGAGGCCAAGAUCCAGCUGGAAUCGAUCAUCAAGAACAUCGACAACAUCGUCGAGGACGAGAUCAAUGUGGAGCCCAGGCAUCACAAGCACUUUGUGGCCCGUCGUGGCGAGGUGCUGCACCGUAUCUCGGAAGAGUACGGAGGUGUGAUGAUUUCCUUCCCUCGCUCGGGUGUAGACAGCGAUCGGGUCACGCUGAAGGGUGCCAAGGAAUGCAUCGAGGCGGCCAAGGCUCGAAUCCUGGAGAUUGUCGAGGACCUGGAGCAGAUGGUAACGAUCGAGUGCAUCAUCCCGGCCCGUAACCAUCGCAUUGUUAUGGGCAAGGGCGGUUCCAAGGUUCAAGGAAUUACGUCGGAGUUCGAGGUGAACAUCAAGUUCCCGGAACGAGACGCGCAGGAAGCGUUCGUCGAGGGACAGCAGAAUGGCGAUGUGAACGGAGGCGAGCUAAUCAAGACGACGGAUAUUAUCAAAAUCAGUGGUCGCAAGGAGAAAUGCGACAAAGCAAAGGAGGCCCUGUUGGCACUGGUCCCAAUUACCGAGGAGAUUACUGUUGCGUUCGAUUUGCAUAGGUCAUUGAUUGGUCAAAAGGGCCGUGACGUAAAGGAACUGAUGAAUACGUACGAUGUGCACAUUGAGUUGUCGCCGCAGGACAUGAAACUGGACAUCAUCAAGGUGACCGGUGCCAGAGCUAACAUUGAGGAAGCCAAGAUUGCAAUUGCCAAGCGAAUCGAAGAGUUGGAAGCAGAUCGCAAGGACCGUGAACUGCGUUCAUUUGAGAUUAAGGUCGAAAUCGAUCCGGAAUACCACCCGAAAAUUAUUGGACGUCGCGGUGCCGUAGUGAACAAGAUCCGAGCUACGCACGGAGUGCAAAUCUCGUUCCCGAAGCAAGAUGAUCCUCAGAACAAUAUUAUCUCCAUCUCAGGGUACGAGACCAACGCUAAUGCCGCCAAGGAUGAGAUCUUGGGAAUCGUCAAUGAGCUGAACUCGAUGUACCGCGAGGAGGUCUCCAUUGACGAGCGUGUCCACCGUCGCUUCAUUGGAUUCAAGGGACGUCGGGUCCGUGAGAUCAAGGAAAUGUUUAAUGUGGAAAUCAGUUUCCCACGCCCGGAGGACCGGGAUCAAUCGCUCAUCACCAUCGCUGGUAAUAAACAGGACGAUGUUGAAGCUUGCCGCGACCAUCUGCUCAACUUGGAAGAGGAAUUCCUUCAGGAUGUAGUUACCGCUGCACCGCCACAGCAGACCACUUUCACCCAGUUCCUGGAGGACUCGAUGAGUAACAACCGGGAGACCACCCGGCAGGGCUUCGUAGUUCAGGGUGCCCCAUGGGAGCGUAAAACUCCCAACACUCAGUCGCAGGAGGACUUCCCUGAUUUCGGCCUUGGACCGGCUCCGGCCGAGCAGGCUCCCCAGGCUCCGAUCGCUUCGGCCUGGAACGCGCGCCACUAAGCAGAAAAGCGUUAGCAGACUCACAUAAACACAUACAGCAAUCUAUAACGGAGAGAGAGAGACAACAAGAGAGAAGUCAAUUUUCCUCCUUCAAUAACAACAAUAAUCAACAAUGUAAUAGCAGCGACCGGUUUCGUGUCUGUCUAAAAAAGAAAAAGAAUGAAAAACUUCUCAACCUAAUGCAUCUAUUAUGGGACUCGUUAUUUUGAUCUCUCGCUCUCUCAUACGCUUUUUUGUGAGGAAGACCCUUUAUCAAGCAGUCUGAUGAAAAAGAGAAAAUAUUAACAUUGAGUGAAGCAACUUUAUACACAACUAAGACAAAUAUCAUUGUUCGUUUUUUUUUAAUUUUUUUUUCUGGUUCUACGUUAUUUUUUCGCUAAUACCAAUAUUGCGGGAAUACAAGACUAGUGCAAGUUGUACAUAAAGCUGAUGAAGAAGAUGAAGAAACAAAAAAAAAAAGAAACAAGGAAGCCAAGAGGAAUUUUGAUUCUAGAGAAACGAAAAGAACGCAAA